AUGUCUGAACAGUCUGACAUUCUAGAUAAAUUCGAUUUAAAUAAAUUUGUGAAAACAAUUUCACUUUCCUCUGACUUAUGUCUUAGCUUUGCAAAAAAAGAUUCCGUGAACACCCAUGAUAUAGCGCUUACGAUUGACAUCUCGAAUGAGCAUUUACGAAGUUGGUACGAUUUAACACAAAAUGGAUCAUUGAGCAAGUAUUCGUUUGUAGAAAUCCUAAAUGCGUUUAUAUCAAAGCAUGGAGUUCAACUGCACGAAAGCGAAAGGAUUAAUAACAUACUUAGAAAAAGAUGUGGGGAUGCAAAAAAUAAAUGUCGAUCGCUUAAUGGACGUUUAAGGACUGAGUAUCUUGCUAAAGUUAAGCAUAUUACUGUUUUCAAACAUGAAGUAAUUAAUGCAGCUGAGACUCAACAGCUACUAACAGAAAACAACGAAUAUGUCAAAUCAUUAUCAGAAGAAAAUCGAAAACUAAAAGAAAGAUGUGAAGAGCUGUGGGCAGCAAUUGAAGAUUUAAAAUUUAGCAAGACAGCAACUGAACAAAAACUGGACAGUAAACAGGAAGACUAUGAGUUAGUUUUCGAGCAAAAUAAGGAACUGUCGGGUUAUCUUGAUAAAGCUAGAUUUUCUGUUGAGUUUAAAAAUUCAGGGAAAGAAAUCUUAGAGGUUGGGAGAAGGCAACAAAAUCGGAAACUGUUGGAGCUUAAAACAUCAGUAGAGAAAAGCUUGUGGUUUGCAGAAACAUUCGGACUAUCAUUAAAAUCAGUGUCAUUCACUGACAAAUCUGGGUCAGACCAUUCCUUGACAUACUGCAACGUGCCACAAAGAAAGAGCUAUAAGGACUUCUCGGAAGAAGAAAAGACCACGGUUAAAGAAAUCUUAUUAAUUGUUGACAG